GCCGGGGCGCGCAGCCCCCGCGGCGAGCGGCAGCGUGGGAUGUGCGCGCAGCGGCGGGCGGCUGCCGGCCCGCUCCCUUAGCCCCUGCGGGCAGCGCGGCGGCUGACGGGGCCCCUCGGGAAGUUUGAUGGCUUCUUUGAGGAGAGUCAAAGUCCUGCUGGUGUUAAACUUGAUCGCGGUGGCCGGCUUCGUCCUCUUCCUUGCCAAGUGCAGACCCAUCACGGCCAAGAGCGGGGACUCCUUCCACGACAUCCACCCCAGGGCAGAGGUGGCCAACUGGACAGCCCACGGCAUCAGCUCCAUCCAGGACGCGGUGCUGAAGAGACUCUCCCUCCUCGAAGACAUAGUCUACCGGCAGCUCAACGGUCUAUCCAAGUCGCUUGGUCUCAUCGAAGGCUAUGGUGGACGUGGUAAAGGUGGGCUUCCAGCCACCCUGUCCCCUGAGGAGGAGGAGAAAGCAAAGGGACCACAUGAGAAGUAUGGCUACAACUCCUACCUCAGUGAGAAAAUUUCACUGGAUCGUUCCAUACCAGAUUAUCGUCCAACCAAGUGCAAAGAGCUGAAAUACGGCAAAGACCUCCCACAGAUCUCCAUCAUCUUCAUCUUCGUGAACGAAGCUCUGUCCGUUAUCCUGCGGUCUGUGCACAGCGCUGUCAACCACACGCCAGCUCACCUGCUCAAGGAGAUCAUCCUCGUGGACGACAACAGCGAUGAAGAGGAACUGAAGGCCCCUCUGGAGGAGUACGUCAAUAAGCGGUACCCAGGCCUGGUGAAGGUGGUGCGCAACCAGAAGAGGGAAGGUCUGAUCCGCGCUCGCAUCGAAGGCUGGAAAGCUGCCACUGCCCAGAUCACGGGGUUUUUUGAUGCUCAUGUGGAGUUCACUGCUGGCUGGGCUGAGCCGGUGCUUUCGCGGAUUCAGGAGAACAGGAGGAGGGUCAUCCUUCCCUCCAUAGACAACAUCAAGCAGGACAACUUCGAGGUGCAGCGCUACGAGAACUCAGCCCAUGGGUACAGCUGGGAGCUGUGGUGCAUGUACAUCAGCCCCCCCAAGGACUGGUGGGAUGCUGGAGACCCCUCCCUGCCCAUCAGGACGCCGGCCAUGAUCGGCUGCUCCUUCGUUGUGCACAGAAAAUUCUUUGGAGAGAUUGGGCUUCUGGAUCCUGGGAUGGAUGUGUAUGGAGGGGAGAACAUAGAGCUUGGCAUCAAGGUGUGGCUGUGUGGUGGCAGCAUGGAGGUGCUGCCCUGCUCCAGGGUGGCUCACAUCGAGCGCAAGAAGAAGCCCUACAACAACAACAUCGGGUUCUACACCAAGCGCAACGCGCUGCGGGUGGCCGAGGUCUGGAUGGACGACUACAAGUGGCACGUCUACAUCGCAUGGAACCUGCCUCUGGAGAAUCCAGGUAUUGACAUUGGGGAUGUUUCUGAGAGAAAAGCUUUAAGAAAGAGCCUGAAAUGUAAAAAUUUCCAGUGGUACCUGGACCAUGUUUAUCCAGAGAUGAGAAGAUACAACAACACCGUGGCGUAUGGUGAGCUUCGAAACAACAAGGCAAAAGAUGUCUGCCUUGACCAGGGCCCACAGGAGAACCACACAGCAAUACUGUACCCGUGCCACGGCUGGGGACCACAGCUUGCUCGCUACACCAAGGAGGGAUUCCUUCACCUGGGUGCGCUGGGGACCACGACUCUGCUGCCUGACACCCGCUGCCUGGUGGACAACGUGAAGAGCCGCUUCCCUCAGCUCCUCGACUGUGAGAAGGUCAAGAGCAGCCUCCAUAAGCGCUGGAGUUUCAUCCAGAACGGUGCCAUCCUCAACAAGGGCACGGGGAGAUGCUUGGAAGUGGAGAACAAGGGCCUGGCUGGCAUUGACCUGAUCCUUCGCAGCUGCACAGGACAGAGGUGGACAAUUAAAAACUUCAUCAAGUAAAGGGUGGAAGAGUCAAAGGAGUUGGACUGGAAACGUGGCUGACAUGGACUGAUCCGACUGGACUCCUUUGGAAAGGACAAAAUAUCAAAACAGAGCUUUAUUCAUGUUAUUAGGAGAGGCCAUGGGGUAAAUGGGCAUUUGUGUGGCUCUUUAAUUUUUAUUGUACAUUAGUCUCCAGCAGCUGAUUCCAACUGUGUCAAAUUGGGUCAGAACUGCUAUUUGCUUCUGGCAAGCACUCUAAAAGGUACCACUUAUUCCUGCUGGAAUGACUGUAAUAAGCUCCUGCAGCCUUGUGAGCAUUUUACUGACAGGGAAUUGUUGCUUUCCCAGAUGACUCCAAGCUCUCCCAAGGGGCCAGGUAGGUUUGUACCCCCAUCAGAGGUGAGAGACCCUGGAUAUAGCUGCCUGGUACAUAAAGACUUGUGUGCUUGUGAGAGGAAAAGGUCACCAAGCCCCAGAUGAGCUGAGUUUGAAAGAUGUAGUGUUUUACUAGGUGCUCUCUCUCUUUUCCCUUUCUUGGCCCUGCAUCCAGCAGCCCCUUGAGUCUGAGAGGGACAAAGCUCAUCCCACUUACUCUCAUGGUUCUUUCCAACCCUUAAUGAAAGGUGUCAUCAGAUAAAAUCCUGUUGAAGAAACCCCCCAUUUCCCAUUGUCCCCUCUCGUGCUGCUCUUGGCUAAGCCAGCCCCAUGCAGCACCAGCCCCUCCCAGGGAGACCCCAGAUGGGUUCCCCUUGGAACAGACCUUGGUUGCCUGCCUGGUUGGGUGGUUGUCUGCCCUUUUGGGUGUCAGUCAGACUGGCUCAUGGUGAGUAAGGCUUUGGGGGUGCUGCAGAUCUACCUUGCCCUCCCUGGCCUGUCUCCUUGGAGACUCACCUUUACCCUUUUGUUGCUCUUGUACAGGAUGGUGUGAGCAGGUAACACUUGAGAGUCCUGCUCUGCCAGGGCUGCCCUUCCUGGGGGCUGUAGGGUUUGUUUUAGGGCAUCCUUGCUCUGAACAAAGGCAGCAAUAGUGGUGCUCUCCCUAACUUUGUAGGGGUGUUCUCCCGAGGCUCGAGCACACCUUCCCUGGUCAGUGUGUGGCUGUGGUCAAGGUCCACCCCAAGCAGAGCAUGUCCCUGCAGACCUUUGUGAGCUACAGGGAGGUAAGGAAAGGAGAGGGAGGGCAAGAGACCAACAAAUGGCAGUUUGGCUGAUAUUCCUUGACCUUGAAAGGCCUGUUAAUAUGGUGGGGUGAUCUCACCUGCUUUUUUUUGUGGCCCACAGUAUUGUUGGCUCCCAGAUCUACCCAGCCAUCGUGGGAGACCAUUGCUUUGGAGCCCUGAUGGCUGGUUACCUGCAAAAGGGAAAUGCAGUCUUGCAAAGUUGCUUUGCAAGGGUGCCAGACUAAUGGGUGGACACAGGCUUUGCUCAGUGGAGAGGAGAAACCAGCCCAUCUCCUGUCCUUCUCACAGAAUGAUACUCUUUCUGGUUGCCCUCUGGCUAGGGUGCACUAAAAUAUAUGAAUAUAUGACAUGUACAUGUAAAUAUGUUUCCCAAAGAUGGGAUGUGCACAGAGUUGUUUGCUGCAGAGCACUCAUGCCUGUCUUCCAUUUGCAUCAGGAUGAAGCUACCUGGAUGUUUAAUGAGUCUGAUUGCCAGUGCCAUGCAGCAGGUUUCUAACUGAUGUCUUAGUAAUUUAUUGAACAGAAGCAGCUGUAUCUCCUUGUUCCUUCUGCAGCAACGAGCACCACAUAGGACUGAUGGUUCGUUUAGGCUUGACAAGACUUCCUCACCCAUUGGGGUUGUCUCUUGAUAUUGUUCCCUUGCUUGAUGAAGUAAAGCCUCUUGGUUGUCCUGAAUUGCAAAGUGAGGCAGUCAAUGCAGAAGUUUGCUCUCUCCUUCGCUGUUGCAUCACCUCUUGUGUAAUAAAUUCUAGCACUUACCAAACCAAUAUGGUCACAAUGUCUUUAGGUGCAUGAUGUGUCACCCCUUUGCAUUGGCUGCUGCAAUCUGCUGAUGGAGUGGACUCCAGGAAAGGCUGGGGGGAUGUGAGACUCCACAGCUAAUGGUGAAAAUGGUACAAUGCCCUUAGAGCUGAGCAGUCAGUUUGCUGUCAGUCCUCAGUGGAAGCCACAUGUUUACUAGUGUUGGCAAAAGCCUGCAUGCUUCAAGAUGAACAACCAAAAAGCCCUUGGAUGUUGCCUGUCCUGUAGUUCAUGGUUCCCAGUUCAGUUCUAGUCCUGCCAGUGCUCAAGGUGCCAAUGGAUGGGCUUUGUCACACUUAAUCAUGGUGGUAGAAGGUGUCACCACCCUCAGCCUUCCAUCUGCCUCAGCUGCUGGAGGUCUCUGGCCCUGUCACCAGCAGCAGGAGUGAACGAGUGGCUACACCUCAGCUACUGGAAGCAGCAGGACGUGCUUCAGCUCCCCAGGCAGGAGGGACUUGCUGCAUUUAACACAGGGAAUUGUCACCAGGGUGACUCCAGGCCCUCCCCUGGCUUUGCCAUGGAUGUGGGGCGCAGUGCUGAGCAUCUCCAGCUGCCUGCAGAAGGAUGGGCCUGGCAGCAUCGCUGACAAGAUGACCUGGGCACAAGGAACCUCUUGGUGAGGGGCUCUUUGAUCCUUUCAGGUUCAGAGGGGCCUUUCCUUCCUGCUCCAUAAGGAAAACAAAUGCCUGAAUAUCCAAACAGAAGGGGAAUGGUGGAAAGGAACACUUUGCUCCCAGAGCCCAUGGAGGUGGCUUACUCGUUCUCACUGGUGUGCACAGAGUGCUUUUGAGUGAGUGGAAAGGAGCAGCAUGACUAAAACCAGGAUUAAAAGUGAGAAUUGAAUGUGCUGUGUCCAUGUAGCUGAAGCUCUGUUCUGAUGUUGGUUGGUGACAGGCAGAUGAUUGCUGAGGUGACAGCCCCAGGUCUGCACCCUCCCAAACCCUAGAAACCUGUCUUAGAAAUCUGAGUCUAAAUGUUGCACCUUGUGUUUAUCUCUAAUAAUAUGUUAAUUGCUCUAAAAAGUGAUAUCAAAGUGGUUCUUAUUAAAUAUAUGGUUUGA